AUGUUUAAUAUACGAUCCAUUUGUGAAUUUUUCCUUUUACAUAGUGCAAAUAUCAAUGAAAAAUGUAACAAUGAAGAAACCACUCUUCAUAUUGUAGCAUGUAAUAAUGGAAAAGAAACAGCCGAGCUUCUUAUUUCAAAUGAUAUAAAUAUCAAUGAAAAAUGUAACAAUGAAGAAACAGCUCUUCAUAUUGUAGCAUGUAAUAAUGGAAAAGAAACAGCCGAGCUUCUUAUUUCAAAUGAUAUAAAUAUCAAUGAAAAAUGUAACAAUGAAGAAACCACUCUUCAUAUUGUAGCAUGUAAUAAUGGAAAAGAAACAGCCGAGCUUCUUAUUUCAAAUGAUAUAAAUAUCAAUGAAAAAUGUAACAAUGAAGAAACCACUCUUCAUAUUGUAGCAUGUAAUAAUGGAAAAGAAACAGCCGAGCUUCUUAUUUCAAAUGAUAUAAAUAUCAAUGAAAAAUGUAACAAUGAAGAAACAGCUCUUCAUAUUGUAGCAUGUAAUAAUGGAAAAGAAACAGCCGAGCUUCUUAUUUCAAAUGAUAUAAAUAUCAAUGAAAAAUGUAACAAUGAAGAAACCACUCUUCAUAUUGUAGCAUGUAAUAAUGGAAAAGAAACAGCCGAGCUUCUUAUUUCAAAUGAUAUAAAUAUCAAUGAAAAAUGUAACAAUGAAGAAACAGCUCUUCAUAUUGUAGCAUGUAAUAAUGGAAAAGAAACAGCCGAGCUUCUUAUUUCAAAUGAUAUAAAUAUCAAUGAAAAAUGUAACAAUGAAGAAACAGCUCUUCAUAUUGUAGCAUGUAAUAAUGGAAAAGAAACAGCCGAGCUUCUUAUUUCAAAUGAUAUAAAUAUCAAUGAAAAAUGUAACAAUGAAGAAACAGCUCUUCAUAUUGUAGCAUGUAAUAAUGGAAAAGAAACAGCCGAGCUUCUUAUUUCAAAUGAUAUAAAUAUCAAUGAAAAAUGUAACAAUGAAGAAACAGCUCUUCAUAUUGUAGCAUGUAAUAAUGGAAAAGAAACAGCCGAGCUUCUUAUUUCAAAUGAUAUAAAUAUCAAUGAAAAAUGUAACAAUGAAGAAACAGCUCUUCAUAUUGUAGCAUGUAAUAAUGGAAAAGAAACAGCCGAGCUUCUUAUUUCAAAUGAUAUAAAUAUCAAUGAAAAAUGUAACAAUGAAGAAACAGCUCUUCAUAUUGUAGCAUGUAAUAAUGGAAAAGAAACAGCCGAGCUUCUUAUUUCAAAUGAUAUAAAUAUCAAUGAAAAAUGUAACAAUGAAGAAACAGCUCUUCAUAUUGUAGCAUGUAAUAAUGGAAAAGAAACAGCCGAGCUUCUUAUUUCAAAUGAUAUAAAUAUCAAUGAAAAAGGUAUUUUUGGUGAAACCACUCUUCAUAUUGCAACACAUGAAAAAAAAGUAAAUAAAUAA